CCUCGGGAUCGCAGUUCACAGUUCAAGAGGACCUCAGCUGCACUUUGACGCGGCCUUCCCCUUUCCCAGGACUGUCAAUGGCAGGAUACCAGCUCUGGUCACCAUGGACCCCACUGGAUGAGAGCUUCCAAUGGCUGCGGCAUACAACACCUACACCUUCUUCCAAGCACCCCUUUAGGGCUUGCCCCUGCUUCCCCCACACCCCUUCUGAUCUUGAAGUGCAGCUGUGCUCCCAAGAGGUCACUCUAGUUCUAGACAGUCCAUUCCUGGAGCCUGGGGUGAGUCCCAAGUUGCCCUGCCACACGUCAGAGCUCCGAACCAUGAACAACAAGAAAGGGCUGGUCAGGAAGCCCCAGCCUGUCUGCCUCAAUGGAGUGGAUUCUGUCUUUGGCAGGGUCAUCACGGCUCAGCCGCCAAAGUGGACCGGGACCUUCAGAGUUUCAGACAAGUCAGCCUUUUGCAAAAUCAUCAGCCGGGAGCACCAGUGGCCCACUGGACUUAAGGAGCCUCAGAUUCAGAUGACAGUGACCAUGUGCAAACAGAUGCUGCGCUCCAUCCUCUUGCUGUAUGCGACGUACAAGAAGUGCACCUUUGCCUUGCAACACUCCAAGUAAAGUGUCCCCAUCUGAUCCCCAUUCCUCACACCACACCUUCUGCUAUGUGCCUGAAGCUUACAUAGACUUUUCCGUGUAAAGAAAACUGUGUUUGC